ACUAAUGAUUAAUUUAAAUUUAUAUUUCUAGCUCCUUGAAAUAAAUGUAUAAAAGAAAAAAAUUUGAAAAAAUGGCAUUGUAGCUUAACUGCCAUGUAUCAACGUUUAAGGGUUUCAAGUGUUUAAACAUCAAGUUUUUGGAAGCCUCCCCUAAGUUUUGAGUUAUAACUUAAUAUACUUUUUUUUUCCUAUUUAAUAUCCCCUUCCCUUUUACUCGGUGGUUUUGUGUCUUUUCUUCGGUGGUGUAGCCAACCUAAUAAGGGAUACGUCAUGGUAGAAACUAUUUUAAUUUAUUAGGUUUGUAGUGUUCGCGAACCUUACCAAUUUACACGUUUGAUACUUGAUAGGUUACUUCAUUUUGGUACUUGUUACUUGAUACUUCCAUUUUGUUGUGUGACAUAUUUGUUUAACGUGUGCUUCAUAUCGAAUAUUGUUUGCUGUCUGCUUUUCAUCGACAAAUUUUACACCGAAAUUUCAUUGUCGCAGGCAGCAGCCACCGUUUUUUGUUUUUUUUUUUUUUACCAACAUCCAGAAUAAGCCAUGGACACGGCAGUGGAUUGCAUUACUUUGAAUGUACUUGGACCAGGUAACACCAUGUUCCAUUUUACAACUAAGAAACAUAUUCGACUUUCAAAAAUAAUGAAUGUUUACUGUGAAGAAAGUGGUCUUGCUUUCAGUAAAGUUAAAUUUAAUUUUGAUGGAAGAACGAUAAAUGAAAUUGAUACACCAACUUCUUUGAAUUUGGUCGAUGGUGAUACUAUAGAGGUUUUCCAAUGGCAGAAUGGUAGUGGUUAUUUUUAAUUAUUCUAUUAAUCAUAUAAUAUACAUACCAUUAAUCUUUUUAAACCUCAAAACUGUGCAAUGCCUAUUUUUUAUGAACUAGCAAUAAAAUUUUUUAAUAAAUGUAUAUUUUUUAUAUAAAUUAUUAGGUAUAUAAAACAGAUUUUAAAUAAAAUAUUUACUAUAACAAUUUUGUUCAUACUAUUAUUUUCAUGUUUCUGUAGCUUAAUAAUAUCCUUUUGAUAUUAUCAUUAAAGUUUUUAGUUCGUUUUAGUAUUGUAAAAAUGUUUAUUUUAAUUUAAUUUUUAAAAUGUGUUAAAUGUAUUAUAAUAUUAUUAUGAUUUUUAAAAUUUAUUAUCGCCGGUGUAAUUACUGCUUUAAAUGCCAUAAUUCUUAUGCGUGUACAAAAUACAUUUUUAAAAUAUGCCAGUUAUGUACUCAGAAUUGAAUGUUCUUAUAACUACUAACCAGUACUGGAGCAUCUAAAACUUGAAUCUCUAGCAGAUCGUAAACGUGCUGCUAACCUUAAAUUUAUCUACAAAUUAUUAAAUGGGCAAAUUGACUCACCUCACUUAAUUUCUUUAAUUCCUUUAAAUGUCCCUCCUCGCUUCACUUGUCAGCACACCACUUUUAAUUUACCAAUCUUUUCUACUAAUUAUGGUUUAUUUGAACCACUUUGUCGUUGUAUGGUUAUUGCCAAUUUCGAACCUUCCUUUUUACUCACUUAAAUCUAAAAAGUAUUUUUAUUCAUUGUAUAUCACUAGUCUAAUAGUUUUAUUAAAUAUUAAUUGUGUAUUGGGCACAUACCCGUAUUGUAUGUUAAAAUCUAAUGUGUAAAUACUAAAUACUGUAAAUCUCUAUUUUGGAUUUAUAUUUUAUACUCAUUGUUAUAUCAUAUUAUUUUUAUUUUGUAUGUCCUAAUGUAUGCUAUUAUACUACUUUAAUUAUUCUGUAAAUAUCUCUGUCAAGAUUCUAGAGUAUUGGAUAUUUUUAUCACCACCAGUAAGGCUUCUAAGGGGCUUAGAGCAAUAAAUUUAACGUUGCCAGCAGGAACCCAACAAAAAACCAAUGUGUAUAAGCCAGAAAUAGCAGAAACAAGAUGUGUAUGUACAUUAUGCAUAUUUUAUUUUUAGUAUAGUAAGUGACAGGGACUGCUCUAGUUUGGCUCUGGGGGUGUGUUAUGUGUAAGGAUUUUGUUAUAAGACACUAGCGUCCGUAACUGCGAGACCGUACAUUCGAGCCAGCAUGAUCCAGCAAUUCCCACCUCGAGUCACCAAGUCGGCCACAAAGACCGACGCAUUUCUAGCUGAACCUCUGUGUUUCAAAAAAUUCAUGUUAUAAAUUCAUUAGUUAAGUUGUAAUAAAAUCACAGUGAAUAAAAGUAUCUUAAAUCUUUUUAAAAGGA